AAUAUUAAUAUUGGAAUUUCGACAUCUGUUAGUGACACUGACGUUUUGUAAAAAGGUUGUGAAGUGUCCUAUUGUGCUGCGUUGCUUUUCAAAAAAAAUCUGUAUUUUUAAUAAAAAGAAGCGUAUAUAGUGUCGACAUGGGACGCCGCAAAUCGAAAAGAAAGCCUCCACCGAAACGAAAAGCUAUAGAACCUCUCGACCAACAAUUUAAUUGUCCUUUCUGUAACCACGAAAAAUCAUGUGAAGUUAAAAUGGAUCGAGCGAGAAAUACAGCACGAAUACAAUGUCGAGUAUGCUUAGAAGACUUUCAAACAACAACUAAUGUUUUAUCAGAACCCAUAGAUGUUUAUAAUGAUUGGGUGGAUGCCUGUGAAACUGCAAAUUAAUAUUAGGAUUAUAUUUAAGUUUCAAUAUAAUUAUAAAUUUUAA